GGCCGCUCAAGCCGGGGGUGCACGUGCAUCAAGCAUCACCCAGGAUUCGUUUUUCUUGGAGGAGAGCCCCGCCGAAAGGGACAAGCACAUCUGCGAGCAGCUGGAUCACUUCCAGCUGCUUCUGGAGUACGAGCGGCUCAAGGAGAUCCAGCCCCCCGGGAUGUACGUGCUGCCCUCGUUCGAUUCCGUUUAUUCGUGGCACGGGACCAUGUUCGUCAGGCAGGGUUUCUACCGUGGCGGGGUGUUCAAGUUCAAACUCGAAAUACCCGAAAAUUACCCCGAUCGGGCGCCAGACUUGUUUUUUACAUCGGAGGUGUUUCAUCCCAUCGUGGAGCCGAGCACGGGACGCGUCGACCUGGGUGUGUUGUGGCCUGAUUGGCCCGAAUGGGAGGUCAGGCGCGAGUUCGCGUCAUUCGCCCUUCCAUUCUUGCACAAGAUCAUGCUGCGCGAGGAGUACUUCGUGCAGCGAGAGAGGCCAGCUCUGAACCAGGAAGCACUCGGGCUCUUCGCUUCUGACCGGCCCGCAUUCGUUGAGCGGGCUCGACUGUGCGCCAAUCUGACAGCGGGCAAGACGUAUGUCAACACGAAUUUCUCGCUACAGUUCACGAGAGGCCCCGAAGAGGCCCACGAUGAGAUCCUUCAAAUGUUGAAACCCAUCGGCAACGGCGAGGAUCUGGAGGACAGAAAGGCCCGCUUCUUCAGCUGGUUCAGCGGCCAGUACUCCCAGAUGCGUCCUGCCGUGGAGGUUUCACAAGAUGGGCCAGAGACGAUGCUAAUCGACAGUGUGAAGCGUUCGCCGCGCGGCCGGGAGACGGGUCAGCUCCAGCUCGGCUCCGCCAACUUCGACGAGAGAAGGGGCAUGCUGUGGCUCGACGAGGACGAGUUGACGUGGCUGCGCAAGCGUUUGGAGUACGAGGCGAAGGAGCACAUGCUGCCCCUGACCCUGACGGUGACGGUGCCGAUCGAGCCGGACGCCCCGCCGGCGAGCCCACGACGACGAUCGUCGCCGUCAUCGCCCCCACAGCGGCAGCCCUCCCCGAAGCGCUCCGCGGCGGCCUGGAUCGCCAGCCGCAGCCGGAGCCGCAGCCGCAGCCCGCAGCGGGGCGAGGGCGCGGCCGCCGCGGGGGGCGCCGCCGCCGCCACCCCGCGCGGUGACGCCCCCGACGUGCGCACCACCGACGUGCGCGGCCUGUCCGGGGACGACUUCGAGGCCCAGCAGCUCGAGGUCAUGGAGGUGGAGACGUAUUGCGAGAAGAAGGCGGCCUGCCAGGUCCACCUGUCGAAGAACACGUUCCACGAUGAGCGGAACUUGGUGGAACUUCGGAUCUUCAACGGUGACCAGCCGAGAGUGCACUGCCGCACGUGGGCGCUAGUGCAGCGGAGCAAAUUAAGGC